GUUAUUAUAGUAAUUAAUUGGUAAAUAAAAAAAAAAAAAAAAAUGUAUGGUAAUGAAUGGGUAGAUGAAUGAAUGUAGCAUAUUCUAAUCUUAACAAACCAUUCUAAUAGUACGUGUUUGUAUUUGGGUUUCUUUUUAAAAAAACUUUUUUAUGGGGUGUUGAUUAAUUCAAGCAUAUUAUAUUAUCAUGUGUAUCAGAAAUGACAUGGCUACCCUCGAGUCUUUGAGAUUAGAGACUACCCUCGAGGGUAACACAGUCAUUUUAAUAUCAGUAUUUGGUUUUAGAUUAAAUGUGUAAUUUAAAUAUAGAAAUGACGAUAUAGAUUAGAUUGUAAAGAUUUAGGGUUUGUUGAUGCUAAUAAAUUAAUAAAUAAGGGUUUACUUUAAUAAAAAAAAAAGGUCCUCCAUUUUCAGUCUCUCUCUGUCUUCUACAGUUGGGGAAAGCAUACACUAUGAUUGAUAAAGGAAUGUCAUCAGGUAGCAAUAAGCACCUUGAUGCUGCUGCUGCUGCUGCUGCUGCUGCUGCUGCUGCUGCUGCUAAGUAUGAGGAUGUUGUUUCUAAUCGUCAACUUUUUAUGACUACACUCGAGAACCUUCAUGCUGCUAUGUCCACCAAGUUCAUGAUUCCUGUUAUAGGAGGCCGGGAUCUUGACCUGCACAAGCUUUUUGUCGAGGUUACUUCUCGGGGUGGUAUUGACAAGAUACUAGCAGAAAAAAGAUGGAAAGAUGUUACAGCCACUUUCAAUUUCCCAUCCACAGCCACAAACGCCUCUUUUGUGCUGCGUAAAUACUACUAUUCUUUGCUUCAACACUAUGAGCGAAUCUACUACUUCAAAUCACAGGAUUGCCCUCCUGGUAGUGGUGUUUUGCAGAGUCUGAAUGCUACACCUGUUGCAGUCCAUGGAACGGCUAAAAUGUCCCCAUCACCCACACCAUCUCACCCUGCAAAUGUCCAACAGAACCAAAUAAACUCUACAGAGUUUGUGUCUCAAGCACCAUCUGGGGGGUACCCUAUCAUUGGAGUGAUAGAUGGAAAGUUCGAUAGUGGUUACCUUGUUACUGUAACAAUUGGGAAGGACAAACUGAAAGGGGUUCUCUAUCAGACUCCACCAGCUAAAAUGAAUCAAGUGGCGCAAUCAUCUGGUGUCUCAACUGUCAAAACUGAUAGUACUCGUGCAACAUCAGGUGUGCCUCGUAGGAGGAAAAGGAGGAAGAAGUCUGAGUUACGGAAGAGAGAUCCCACUCACCCUAAACCUAAUAGAAGUGGUUACAACUUCUUCUUUGCCGAGCAACAUGCCAGAUUGAAGCCACUUCAUCCAGGCAAGGACCGGGAGAUUAGUAGGAUGAUUGGUGAACUCUGGAACAAAUUGAAGGACAAUGAAAAGGCUGUGUAUCAAGCAAAAGCAAUUAAGGACAAAGAAAGGUACAAGACAGAAAUGGAAGAUUAUAAAGAGAGACUAAGGACAAAUCAGGUGAUAAGUGAUGCAAUACCAAUACAGCAGAGGUUUCCUGAUAUAGAUGUAGAAAUGGCGGAAGUGGAUGGAAAAGAUGAGACAGAGAGAGAUUCCCAAGAAUCACCUGAAAAUGAAAGUGAUUCUAGUAAGAGCGAGACUGAUGAAGACGAGGAUGAUGACGAUGAGGAGUUUUGUGAUGCAGAUACACCUCCAGCACCAGAUAAUGCAGGUACUUCUGAAGCCUCGGUAGCAGCAGGAGCAGGAACAGGAACAGGAACAGGGGAGUUUGAAGUUGUUAAGGGAGCGGAGAAAGGAGGUUUCAAAGAAAGUCAUGUUAAUGUGGGAGACGAAGCAAUAUUCAGCACCUGAUAUUGAGCAUGAGAAUUUGAUAGUGACAUAGUUAUAAAUUAGUUAGGAACAACCCCUAGCAAUUCAAGUUGACCCUUUUGUAAAUUUUUAUUGGUUGAAUAUCGGUAUGCACAUCUGUUAGAGACAGUUGUUACUUAUUUAGGCUUCUCAAGAAGGAACUUCUGUUACAGAUAACCAGGUGAUUACACGACUUUGCAGUUUUGUUGGUUA